CGGUAACGCGUCGCUCAACAACAUCCCACCGACUGUGGCAUCACGGCUGUAUGCCAGUAACAAGCUAAGAUGUCAGUUUUCGUUGCUGGUGAGGACGCGGAAACAGUGCCACAGACUAGAUGUCGCAAGAAGUACGAGACAAAAUAUAGUACUAAAUAUGAAGCUGAAUACAUAUGGGUGAGCCCAUCAUCAAAGGGUGACACAUAUGCCCUCUGUCGCUGGUGCCAGGUGGACAUCUGUAUUAAGUCUGUGGGAGCAAAAGGUUUGCGAGACCAUGAGAUAACAGGACGGCAUAAACAGAAAGCUAGUGAUCAGCCCUUACCAACUCCAGCUUCCAGUACACAUUUGAAUAAUGCUGUAUACCCUGUCCUAGAAGUGGAAGGUGGCGUGGAGCAGCAGGGUGGAGAGCCUCUAGGUUCCCCAAGACCCGUGACUCCACAGACACCAAACACUCCCCUCAGCCCACAGGGAGAGGAUCUUCCCCAACACCAGCCUACACUGAUCGAUCUUGGAAAUCAACUUCCUUCUACAGCAGCUUCAGUUGCUACGGGAAUUCCACCUCCACGUUCAACCACAGUGCAGCCAAAGGUCGUUGAUGAGUCUCUAGUGAUAGAAUAUGAUGAGCCAGAUACAUGUGAUACAACUGAUUCAACGGUAGAAAAGGUUUCAAAUGGAACUACAAUUAAAAGAGAAACGGAUGAGAAAUUUCCAGCAAGCACAGAUGAUCUCACGUGUAAUGUGUGUGGUCGGGAAUACACACAGUGGACACAGCUUAAGAAACACUUGUUGGAGCAUAUUCUUAUUGCACAAAACUCUGCGGAAAACAAGCACAAGGGUAGUGGGAAGAGUCGUGCCAGACCAACCAGUGGGAGGAAUGCAAAAACAAACAAAGGAGGAAGCCAACAAGGAACAGGAAAUCAAAAGCAGGAAAGUGCAGCUGAAGAAAAUGCAGUAAAGAGACGUGGGCGACCUCCAGGCAGUAGGAACAAGGGCCGCUCCACAGGAACAAACGCAGGAGCAAGCCAACAGACUCAGAGGAGAGCUUCACGUCAGCGCUCAAACCCUAAGAGCAAUGCAGCACAAGAAGCAGUUGUCGAUGACCCCCUUUUCAUUGACUCUGAAGCAUGUGAUACAGAAGCCAACGGCACAAAUUCAACACAGAGCAAUGAGAAUGAUGGGGAAAAUUAUGAGGAUGAUGAUGAAGAUGGAAGCGAGGAGGAAUGCAGUGAGAAUGCAGGUGGUGAGGAAGACGGAGAAGGAUCUGGGAAGCGGAGGCCUGGCCCACUGCAGUGCCGUGUAUGUCGUGUCUUAUUUUUUAACAGGGGGGAACUAAGGGAGCACCAACGUUCAGAGCACAACAAUGGGAGGCCGUACCAGUGCAGCCAGUGCCAAAAAUUCUUCACCACGAAAAACCACAUGGAAGUCCAUAUGCGGCACAAACACACAACUGGUCCUAAUCCAUGCCAGUGUGUUAUGUGUGGGAAGGUCUUGUCUUCACGCACCAACUUACGGAUACACAUGAGAAUUCACAAAGGAGAGAGGCCAUUCGAGUGUCCUGUGUGUCACAAGGCUUUUAGUCGGAAAGCAAAUAUGGAAAUGCAUGUCGUCUACCAUACAGGAGAGAGAAGAUUUACAUGCGAGAUCUGUGGCCAGUCCUUCUUUGCAAUCAACGCUCUCAAGAGACAUACGAAACUUCAUACAGGAGAGAGAGAUUACGCCUGUGAUAUAUGUGGAGCUACAUAUGUAACAGGCACUGAUCUUCGGAGACACAGAUUGAAACAUGACGAAGUGAAACCAUACCCAUGUCAGCUGUGUGACAAACAGUUCACUCGCUCCCAUGAUCUCAAGGUUCAUCUACGAUACCAUAACAAGGACCUGCGAUACACAUGUGAUGUUUGUAACAAGCAGUUUGUUGAAUCUGGAAACUUCAAGCGUCAUAUGAGACGACACACAGGGGAGAGACCUUACAGUUGUGGCAUUUGUCUUCUCACUUUUUCACAGGUACAUCACCUGAAAACCCACAUGAGAACCAACCACAGUGAGGAGACCGGUGCAGGAGAGGAGACAGGUCAAGGAACAACUGGAGGCAGAGGAAGACCACCACCUCACCGUAAUCCCCGUUUGCCAUCCAGGCGUACCCCCAAGCCCCCACAGAUGCAUCAAGCACCUGUGGGUCCCUCUCACACCCAACAGCACUCCCACAACCACCCUCACCUGGCGCCACACUCCCAUGGAGUUACACCAAGUGGGAGUGGUGUUGCUCUUCACGCGGGUCAGACGGUUUCCCCUCCAGUUGCUCACUCAGGUACAGUCGCAAGCACUGUGGCACCCACGCACACCACUCAGAUCCCAACCUCAGGAGGCGUCAAUCACCCAGCAGCCAUGACAGGUUUCCUUCACCAGUACAAUUCCCAUCUGUACAACCACAGUGUUAUGCCUCACUACCCUCCCUUGUUUGAUAUGUGUCCUCAGCAAAAUUGUGUUAAUCACCUUCCAACUCAUUGAUUGCUGUGUUGCACUUAAGUGUUUAUUCAUUUUUCAUACUUUUUUCCAACACUGGAAAAAAUGUUGGGACUUGUAUCAAGAUCUUUUCAUAUAGAUUUUUACAAUCUGUUUAAAUCUUUUAGUAAUAAUAUAGUCAUCAUGAAAUGGCAUUAUUCCUUUUUUUUCAUUUUUAUUUGGGUGUGGGUGUGGGUGUGUGGUUGGAUGGGUGGAUGUGUGUGUCAGAUAGCGUAUCAUUCACUUCCAAGACAUAUCAUAUACUGUAUUUGAAAAAUAUUUCAGGUAUACAAUAUUUAAAAAGAAAAGAAAAGAAAUUGUAAUUUGCUGCCGAAGGUGUACUUUUAUUUAUUCUUUAUGUAAGCCAAUUCCUAUGACAGUAAAAUAAUGAUCCUGUAGAGAAGUGGUCAGUUUGACAAUAAUUUUCAGAAAAGACGAGAAUGAAUAGCUUCAUAAUGCAGAAGUAGCUGACAUACUUCAGUUAAAUUUUCAUCAGAAUUACAUGUAAUUCUGAAGUUACAUUUCUGUUCUCAAGUUACAUUUCUUGUAUUACAAAAUUAUUUGUUUUAAUUUAUGCCUUGCUCCACAUAAAUCGCAAUGAACCCUGUUCAACCAUAUUUAGCUAUAUUGAAAAUUCCUGGUGCCAUCUCAGUUCUUGGACAUGAUCCUUGUGAAGUUUGACUUCAUUUUUUUUUUUAGUAGGAUUAGUCAUAAAUAAAACACUUAUAGAAGGUUCUCCCUCUUGAUAGAAAUUUUGUGAGAAUAUGGACAGUGACUAAGUGCCUUUUGAUUUUUUGUGAUGAUAUGAUCAAGAAAAUAGACUUAUGCAUUGUCAAGUAAUAUGUAUUUUAUCAUGUUGCAAGACAUGAUAAAAUAUUUUGAUUUUAGAAAUCACUGAAAAAUUAUAUUUAGGUUUGGUUACUGUCAAAGAAAUAUAUAUUUUUUUCUUCGGAAAUUGGAAAGUACAAAUAUCAGCCCUGCAUAAUCAUUUUUUUAAUCACUCAAAUCAGCUUGUGUAUAAGUACAGUCUGUGUUCAUAUUGUGUUCAUUUAUACCAAGUAUGCAAGGAAGGGAAAUUGAUGCAUCAAGAUUGUAUUCUUGGUUCUUCCAGCCGACGAAUGAGAGUUGCAGAAACUACCCAGUGAGAUAUGUAUACGAAUGUACUAACUUUGUCCAUAAUGUGUAACAUAAUAUUAAUGUUUGUUGGCUGUUAACGAAACUGAUGGUUGACUAUUGCUUCUCAUUGAAAGUUCCAACCUGCCGUUUAGACUUUUUCUGAUUUUGCCGUUUAUUCCUGCAUAUGUAAUUUUUCCUUUAUCUCUCUCUCUUUUUGUAUUGUUUUCUCUUUCUAUAAUUCUUUAUUUGAUAUUUGAAAUUAUAUGGAAAAUACUAUAUCAGAUUCAAGAGUAAGGAUAAAGAAGUUCUUCCUGUAGAGUUGAAUUAUUUUUUUUAAGAUUAGAGUAACUGAAAUACGUGGCAAGAGAGAGGGAGCUAAGUACUUACCAGUGAUAAUGUUGUGCCAAAUAACAAUAUUUGUAUGUUAUGCAAAAAAGGAAAGAAAAAAGACAACUUUUUCAUAUACCAUAUUUUAUGUGUGUGUUUUUAUUCAUGACUGAUAUCAUUUCUGAUCAUAAACUGCAUAAAAAAUAUAUUUUUUCAUUAUGAUUUCCCUUCCAGAUAUUAAGGGUAUUUUGUUGUUAAAGAUAACUACCUUACCUUAUUUUAGAUACAUCUUUUUUAUACAGAUGUAUUUAAACUGGCAUUGACCUACAAAAUGCUACCCAGUAAAACUAAUUAUACUGUGUAUGCAUCAACAAUUACAAACCACGUAAUAAAAAUAACGAAUGAUUUCUGUUUAAGGGGUUUUAUGAUUUUUGAUGCUGUUGCCAGCAAGUGAUCUGUAUAAAGUUGCAUUACGAGUAAUAUUUUCUCCGGCUUAUAUCCUUGUAACUGUUUGUCAGUUCCGCAUGCUCAAAUGUCAUUAUUCAGCCCUUUCAGCCCAUUUUUUGACAGCAAGCCUUGCAAGGAUUUAAGAAUGGAAUUUGAUUAUCAUUAAUUUAAUUUAAUUGUUGUAUAGAAUAUUAUCACUCGCAAUUUUGUUAAUGAAGCAUGUAAAAUCAUUAAAUUAAUAAAUAAAUCUAAGAGAAAAUAUAUGUAUCUAUAGUCUUUCCUUUUAGAUAU